GCGGUGACGUCAGAGCAGCGGGGAGCAGCGAGCAGCGGCAGCAGUGUAUUGUGGCUUUCUCUGUCUGAGGUGACAGAUGCGGCGUCCUCAGAACAAGGAAGUGAAGGCUCUGCCGCCCGUUUGAGGGCAGAAAGGAACACGAAUUUAUCGUCUCCACACACGCACCGCCUCUGUUUCUCCCUCCGUUUUCAACUCUCCUUCCUCCAGACACGUCCUGACUUUCCAUCAACUCCAGCGACUCCCGUCGGGCCAUGUUUCCCGGUGCUGCAUGUUUCCCAGCAGCCUCCUCUGAGGUCGAGAUGAACCGAGGCAGCAGCACUGUUCCGUUUCUUCCUCGGGCCUCCUCAGUGUGAGACCAGCUCUGCCUCCCGUCACUGUCAUCAGUAUCAAGUCUAAACAUGGCUCCUGUUCCUCCUGGGAUCCGCCUGUUGGUUUCCUUCAACAGGGACCAGUGGUACAAAGCUCUCACCUUCGCCCUCACCUUCUUGCUGUACACCAGCUUCCACCUGUCCAGGAAACCCAUCAGCAUCGUGAAGAGUGAACUCCACAAGAACUGCUCGUCUGUCAGCGAGCUGGCCACCGCCGCCGCCAGCAGCAGCCAGCAGCCCUCCCGCGCUUCUCUCCACACAGACAUGGACUGCAGCUGGAAGCCUUUCGAUAAAAGCAACUACAAACAGCUGCUGGGAGCCAUGGACUACUCCUUCCUCUGUGCCUAUGCAGUGGGCAUGUACCUCAGCGGCAUCAUUGGUGAGCGCCUGCCUAUCCGGCUGUACCUGACGGUGGGCAUGCUGACCAGUGGCCUGUUCACCUGCCUGUUUGGACUGGGCUACAUCUACAACAUCCACAGCCUGGGCUUCUACAUAUUUGUACAGGUUGCAAACGGCUUAGUGCAAACCACUGGCUGGCCCAGUGUUGUAACUUGCAUUGGCAACUGGUUUGGCAAAGGAAGGCGUGGUCUGAUCAUGGGACUGUGGAACUCCCACACGUCGGUGGGCAACAUCCUGGGCUCUCUGAUCGCCGGCUACUGGGUCUCCUCCAACUGGGGCCUGUCCUUCAUCGUCCCUGGGCUCAUCAUUGCAGUCAUGGGCAUCGUCUGCUUCCUCUUCCUCAUCGAGCAUCCAAAUGACCUGAAAAGCAUAUAUGCUCAGAACUCAGCCUCCAGCAGUAAUAUGCCUGCCAAGAAUUGGAAUGGAGUAAAUGGACACACUGAGCUCUAUCUGCAAUACAAAGAAGGCAAAACUCAGGCAUACUGCUAUUACCAUGAUGACAUUCUGAACAGGAAGAGUUAUGACACAGAGCUGUUACUGCCCAGGGACAACGGCACUGUGUGUGUCCCUGUCCAGCAGGUUGUGGUGGUGAAGAGCGAAUCAGAGCCUUCCGCCAUCAGCUUCAUGGGAGCCCUGCGCAUACCGGGUGUGAUAGAGUUCUCUCUGUGUCUGCUGUUUGCCAAGCUGGUCAGCUACACCUUCCUCUUCUGGCUGCCUCUCUACAUCACUAAAGCAGCUCACCUGGACGCCAAGAAGGCAGGUGAUCUCUCCACCCUUUUUGACGUUGGAGGAAUAGUGGGGGGGAUCUUGGCUGGAGUCAUCUCAGAUAAGCUGGGAAAGAGAGCCACCACCUGUGCAGUCAUGUUGCUGCUGGCUGCUCCAACGCUGUAUGGUUUCUCCAUGAUCAGUGAGUUUGGCCUGGGGCCAACCAUCGGCAUGCUUUUAGUGUGUGGAGGCCUAGUCAAUGGACCGUACGCCCUCAUCACAACAGCAGUAUCUGCAGACCUGGGGACCCACAAGAGCUUGAAGGGCAACGCCAGAGCCUUAUCUACUGUCACUGCCAUCAUUGAUGGCACGGGGUCUGUAGGCGCAGCAGUGGGCCCCCUGCUGGCUGGACUGCUGUCUGCAGGCGGCUGGGACCAGGUCUUCUACAUGCUGAUGACUGCUGACUUCCUAGCUCUGCUGCUUUUGCUGCGGCUCGUGACUAAGGAGCUGACCUCGAGAAAACCCCGCCCCAUCUCCACUGUAGAGUUGAAGGAGCACUGAGCACUUUGAUUGCACAAACUCCACGCAGGAGUGUAUUGACUCUAUAAACACACACACACACACACACACAUAAAGUACUGUAUAUUGAAACCACUUGUCUAAGCCUGGAAUGGACUGUGACUUGGACAACAACUGGACCGUCCUGGACACAAAGGAUUAGCCAUACAGAUACAAACACAAACACAUGCUCUCUCUCUCUCUCUGUCUCUCUUUCUCUCUCUCACUCCCACUCACACACACACACACACACACACACACACACACACACACACACACACACAAACAAAGAAACAAACACACAUUGCUCUUCUAGUAGAUUUAACUGCAGUAAGACUGUACUUUCAUUCCUGGAGAAGCGUCGAGUUUGAUGAACCAAACAGAAUGGCAGUAGAAUUCAACCUGGAGGAUUACAGGCUCUUAGGAGCACAUUUACACAAACACACACACACAUCAGCACCGUUCCUCUCUUCUACACCUUACCAUCUUUUGACCUCAUUCCCAUGGCAGCCAUUUUGACUUCUGUCACACACAGUCUGAAGGGCUUUCCCUCCAAGAGUGGAAUAUAUAGUAAAGACCACAUGACAGCAGUGGGGGUUGGGUUCAUGAGUGUUGCUGAUAGUACCAGUCAAUCCCAUGUUACUGUGAUGGCUGCUGAGAUUUUGAACUUUGAAAACUGAAAAAAAAAAAAAAAAAUGCCAAACUGUAGCUACCUUGUGCUGUGGUAUAAAAAUAU